CUCCCCGCGUCUGGGCCGCCGCCGCCACCUCCGCCGCCGCCGCCGGAGACUCGCGCAGAGCAGUUAUGGCGGAUCCCGCAGCGCCCGCGCCUGCAGCCCCGGCUCCCGGCCAGGCCCCGGCCGCGGUUCCUGAGGCGGCCCCGGCCCCGGACCCGGCCCCGGCGCCCGCCCCGGACUCGGCCUCCGGGCCGUCCUCAGACUCCGGCCCCGAAGCCGGCUCGCAGCGCCUGCUGUUCUCUCACGACCUGGUGUCGGGCCGUUACCGCGGCUCCGUGCACUUCGGGCUCGUGCGCCUCAUCCACGGCGAGGACUCGGACUCGGAGGGCGAGGAGGAGGGCCGCGGGAGCUCGGGCUGCUCCGAGGCGGGGGGCGCGGGCCACGAGGAGGGCCGGGCCAGCCCGCUGCGCCGCGGCUAUGUGCGCGUCCAGUGGUACCCGGAGGGCGUCAAGCAGCACGUGAAGGAGACGAAGCUCAAACUGGAGGACCGCUCCGUGGUGCCCCGGGACGUGGUCCGGCACAUGCGCUCCACCGACAGCCAGUGUGGCACCGUGAUCGACGUCAGCAUCGACUGCGCCGUCAAGCUCAUCGGCACCAACUGUAUCAUUUACCCCGUCAACAGCAAGGACCUGCAGCACAUCUGGCCCUUCAUGUAUGGGGACUACAUCGCCUAUGACUGCUGGCUGGGGAAGGUCUACGACCUGAAGAACCAGAUCAUCCUGAAGCUGUCCAACGGGGCCAGGUGCUCCAUGAACACAGAAGACGGUGCCAAGCUCUACGACGUCUGCCCACACGUCAGCGACUCAGGUCUCUUCUUCGACGAUUCCUACGGCUUCUACCCAGGCCAGGUGCUCAUUGGCCCCGCCAAGAUCUUCUCCAGUGUCCAGUGGCUGUCGGGGGUCAAGCCCGUGCUCAGCACCAAGAGCAAGUUCCGGGUGGUGGUGGAAGAGGUGCAGGUUGUGGAACUGAAAGUCACAUGGAUUACCAAGAGCUUCUGUCCAGGGGGCACGGACAGCGUCAGCCCCCCACCCUCUGUCAUCACCCAGGAGAACCUGGGCAGGGUGAAGCGUCUCGGGUGCUUUGACCAUGCUCAGCGGCAGCUGGGGGAGCGCUGCCUGUUUGUCUUCCCGGCCAAGGUCGAGCUGGCCAAGAUCGCCUGUGAAUGCCCAGAGCAGCACUGCGCCCAGGGGGAGGGCUCGAUGGCCAAGAAGGUGAAGCGCCUGUUGAAGAAGCAGGUCGUGAGGGUCAUGUCCUGCUCCCCCGACGCCCAGUGCCCCAGGGACCGUUCUGCGGAGGAGCCAGGCAAGAGGGCGGGCACCAAAGCCAAGAGUGAAACGGGGUCCGCCAGCCCCGAGGAGAUGCCUGACGGGUCCACCAGCCCCAGGGAGAUGCAGGACGAGGGCCCCGAAGAGGCCCUGGAGGCGGGUGAGCCGCUGCCCCCCUUCCUGCUGAAGGAGGGCGGAGACGACAGGCUGCACUCCGCCGAGCAGGAUGCCGACGACGAGGCUGCUGACGACACGGACGACACCAGCUCGGUCACCUCCUCCGCCAGCUCCACCACCUCCUCCCAGAGCGGCAGUGGCACGAAUCGCAAAAAGAGCAUCCCCUUGUCUAUCAAGAACUUAAAGCGAAAACACAAGAGGAAGAAGAAUAAAAUCACCCGUGACUUCAAGCCGGGUGACAGGGUGGCGGUGGAGGUGGUGACCACGAUGACCUCAGCAGACGUGAUGUGGCAGGACGGCUCCGUGGAGUGCAACAUCCGCUCCAACGACCUCUUCCCGGUGCACCACCUGGACAACAACGAGUUCUGCCCCGGGGACUUCGUGGUGGACAAGCGAGUCCAGAGCUGCCCAGACCCCGCUGUCUACGGUGUGGUGCAGUCUGGGGACCACGUGGGCCGCACCUGCGUGGUGAAGUGGUUCAAGCUGCGGCCGAGUGGGGACGACGUGGAGCUGAUUGGUGAAGAGGAAGACGUGAGCGUUUAUGACAUCGCUGACCACCCUGACUUCCGUUUCCGCACAACCGACAUCGUCAUCCGCAUCGGCAACACUGAGGACGGAGUUCUUCCCAAGGAGAAUGAGCAGCCAUCGGUUGGCCAGGUGGCCCGUGUGGACGUCAGCAGCAAGGUGGAGGUGGUGUGGGCCGACAACUCCAAGACCAUCAUCCUGCCCCAGCACCUGUACAACAUCGAGUCUGAGAUCGAGGAGUCGGACUACGACUCAGUGGAAGGCAGCACCAGCGGGGCAUCCUCCGAUGAGUGGGAGGACGACAGUGACAGCUGGGAGACGGACAACGGGCUGGUGGAGGACGAGCACCCCAAGAUAGAGGAGCCCCCCAUCCCACCCACCGAACAGCCGGCAGCCCCCGAGGAGGACAAGGGCGUGGUGAUCAGCGAAGAGGCUGCCACCGCCGCCAUUCAGGGGGCUGUGGCCAUGGCCGCCCCGGUGGCCGGGCUGGUAGAGAAGGCCGGCAAGGACGGGCCCCCGAAGAGCUUCCGGGAGCUGAAAGAGGCCAUCAAGAUCCUGGAGAGCCUCAAGAACAUGACGGUGGAGCAGCUGCUGACGGGCUCCCCCACCUCCCCCACGGCGGAGCCCGAGAAGCCGGCGCGGGAGAAGAGGUUUCUGGAUGACAUCAAGAAGCUGCAGGAAAACCUCAAGAAGACCCUGGACAAUGUGGCCAUCGCGGAGGAGGAGAAGAUGGAGGCCCUGCCGGACACAGAGCGCAAGGAGGACAAGCCCGAGGCGCAGUCUCCCAUGAAGGCCGAGUGGCCCAGCGAGACGCCGGUGCUCUGCCAGCAGUGCGGCGGCAAGCCCGGCGUCACCUUCACCAGCGCCAAGGGCGAGGUCUUCUCGGUGCUGGAGUGCGCGCCCUCGAAUCACUCUUUUAAGAAAAUUGAGUUCCAGCCCCCAGAGGCCAAGAAGUUCUUCAGCGCAGUGCGCAAGGAGAUGGCGCUGCUGGCCACCUCGCUGCCCGACGGCAUUGCAGUCAAGACUUUCGAGGACAGGAUGGACCUCUUCUCGGCCCUGAUCAAGGGCCCCACUCGCACCCCCUACGAGGACGGCCUCUACCUGUUUGACAUCCAGCUCCCCAACAUCUACCCGGCCGUGCCCCCCCACUUCUGCUACCUCUCCCAGUGCAGUGGCCGUCUGAACCCCAACCUAUAUGACAAUGGGAAGGUGUGUGUCAGCCUCCUGGGCACCUGGAUCGGAAAGGGGACAGAGAGGUGGACGAGCAAAUCCAGCCUUCUCCAGGUGCUCAUCUCCAUCCAAGGCCUGAUCCUGGUGAACGAGCCGUACUACAACGAAGCCGGCUUCGACAGCGACCGGGGCCUGCAGGAGGGCUACGAGAACAGCCGCUGCUACAACGAGAUGGCGCUGAUCCGCGUGGUGCAGUCCAUGACCCAGCUGGUGCGGCGGCCCGCCGAGGUCUUCGAGCAGGAGAUCCGGCAGCACUUCCGCACCGGUGGCUGGCGGCUGGUGAACCGCAUUGAGUCCUGGCUGGAGACGCACGCCCUGCUGGAGCAGGCCCAGGCACUGCCCAACGGCAUCUCCAAGGACAGCGGCUCGACAGGGCCUCCUGGCAUGGCCGAGCCCUCGGACAGCGGCCGGGAGGAAGCGGAGGACGGCGGGCUAGCCCCUGGAGAGGCCUCCCCGGGCUCAGACUCAGAGGGCGGCGCCCAGGGCCCGGCUGCAGCCAGCAGGGACCACACAGACCCGGCCUCAGAGGCAGCGCCGGAUGCCUCAGUGCCCCCCAGUGUCAAACCAAAGAAGCGGAGAAAGAGCUACCGGAGCUUCUUGCCUGAGAAGAGUGGCUACCCUGACAUUGGCUUUCCCCUCUUCCCGCUUUCCAAGGGGUUCAUCAAGAGCAUCCGGGGCGUCCUGGCCCAGUUCCGGGCCGCUCUGAUCGAGGCAGGCAUGCCUGAGAGCACAGACGACAAGUAGUGCCAGCCUCAGGAAGGAGGAUAGUGGUGGGAGAGGCCAGCACCUGCUCACUCCCUCCCCCAGGCCCUCCCCUGUCCCCUGCCCCCCCCCCCUCCCCUCGGGUGAGUUUGAUGCUGACGUGCAAGGAAUUUCUUGAGAUGCUGCCAUUUCUGCUCGGAAGCGAUCUUCCAACAGGCGAGCCCUGAGCAAAGCAUCUGGACCCUGUUGCUGACUUUCCACUCUCACCCCAGGCGGGAUGUCGGCACCCGUCUCCUUGCUGUCUCCCUCUCGGGUCGAGGUGGAGUUUUCCGAGGGCCAGGCUCCGGGGCCCAGAGCUUUGCAGAGCAGCAGGACGAGCGGCCGUGCCUUGCAUGAAGUGUGGGUUGCUCCGGCAAUCUCCCCGUCCCUUCCAUCUUCAGUGCCAUUGUAGCUUCCCCAUGUCCCAGGCCACUGCCUCUAGGUCCCCCCUGGCCCCCAGCACCACACUCGCCCCUGGGCGUUGUAGCCGCUGUCACUGACGCCUGGCUCUGUUCUGGCCCUUGUACCACAGGACGGUCCUCAGGCCUGUUGAACUUGCUCCUAAGAGGCCAGGCGGGGGCUCAGGGUGACACCCAGGCGAGGUGGCAGCCUCACAUGCUAACGCAGUGAGGACUGGGAGCUGCUGGGAAAGAAACAGCUGUAGGUGCCUUGCUCUUCCUGCCCACGUGGCUGGGGGCAGUUCUGGCUUCACAGCCUCGCCUGCUUGAACUGAAGCCGAUGUCCGCUCCCCGCUCAGUCCUGUGCCAGGACCCCAGGGGCGGGAGCAGCAGCACAUCCAGGGCCUGAGCCGCGCUGGGACCUCUCCCCCGGACUCUGCCUCUCCCACUACCAAAUGCUCACGCGGGGAGGUGGCCUGUAGCUCGUACACGGAGCCCCCUCUCUCCCGUGAGGAGGCGGCCCUGUCAGCCCUUCACUUACAGACUCCGCAGGCUCAGUCUGGGGAGAGGUGGCGGGCGUGGGUCUCCCUCACAGACGGGCCCAGAGGUUUACACGUUUUCUAAGCUUUUGAUAAUGUGAAGCUCCAGGUUAAGAGACGCUGUUGAGCGCGUUGCAGGUAUGUAAUUUUUGGUGUAUGUAUGUAAUAUUUAAGGUUGAAAGAAAAUAAAUUUCAAAAGUAAAGAUAUUAACUCUUAUUAGAAACACAAAACAAGCAAAAAAGAAGCCAAAGCAUGAUGCGUCUUGUCCGCCGCCAGCUGCUCCUCACCGAGCUGUGCCAUUCCCACCCGGCGGGCAGCAGCCGCGGGGAAGCGGGGAGCCGGCCGCGUCCUGUGAGGAACAGCCAGCGGUCGGGGCCGAGCCUCAGUGCACCGUUCGUGUGGCGAUGUGAAUGCCUGCUGCUUAAGAUCUGUAUAAAGUGCUGUGUGAUUAAACCUUUUUUUUACUUGCA